UUUGGAUAUACUGCCAGAUUCCAAAAACAACUGAAAGUUCUCAAUUAGCAAAGAAUCUUUUUAAAGAAUUUUUAAACGUUUCCAUGACAAUGAGACCUCCACGCAAACAUCAUUCUAACAUGUCAAGGCCAGCAGGUGGACCAUCACAUAUGCCAAAUGGAACCGUACCAUUUAAUUUUAAAACUUAUUUCGAAAAUGAAGCAUAUAUUUUUUACGGAUAUGUUGGACCAAUCAUUACCGUCUUUGUUAUAAUUAUGAAUGUUCUGCUUAUUGCAACAAUUAUAAAAGGAAAGUUCCGGACGUCUACGCAUGCCGUAAUGGUUGCUAUUGCUUUUGCUGAUAUUCUUACCGGUAUCAUUCCAGUUCCUUUCAACGUAAAAUUUUUUAGUGUCGACCAUGUGGAAAACUUUUUAAAAAUAGAAUGGUGCUAUAUAUUUGAAAUAUGUCAAAUUAUUCUCCCCACAGUAUUUCAUCUUAUAUCAUUGAGCCUAACAGUUGCCCUUUCGAUAGAGAGAUUUUUCGUAGUUUCUUUUCCGUUGAAAGUAAAACGAUUUUGCACCAUGAGAAAUGGGAUUCUGUUCAGUAUUUCUGUAAUUGUCGCUAGUGUGUGUGCACAGAUUGAUACAUUUCUUGACGUAUCAUAUGAACCAGUCGAAAUCAUAUCUCGAGAUAGAAAAUUUACACUGACAGGAUGUAGACGAUUGAUAAAGGCGAAAUCUGAUGAAGAGUUUAUUACCAGAAUGUUUAUUCUACGAUUCAUUCCAUGUAUUCUUCUUAUUAUUUUCACUAUUCUGUUAGUUCGAAAAUCGUCUGACAUCCAAAAAUGGCGUAAGCAAUCAACCUCUUUCUCCAUUGCUUCUUUAGAGCGAAUGGAUUUUGCUGUAUCUUUGAUUGCAUCCAUUGCUUGUGUGACAGAACUAGUUACUGCCAGUUUGCUGCUAAAUGAACAUCUAAAUUCCCAAUACAGAAUAACCCCAAGUAAUGCUUUACUUUCUGGAAUUAUAUACGUAGUUUAUAUGGUUGUUAGUCCUAUAAAUUUAGCAAUUUUGUGUUUUCUCAGUGAAAAGUUUAGACAAACUUUUAAAGGAAUGAUUUGUAGAUAUUAAUAAUUUAAAACAUUCUAGCAUAUCUGUCUGCAAAAAGCAAAAGGCAUAAGCUAUGCCAAUAUCUCAAGGAUACUAUAAUGCCUAUGAACUGAAAUCAAAGUUCUAAUAUAUUGUACUAAUGACUUAAAUAAACUUUUAUUUCAUUCUUUUUAUUUAUAAAACAUUAUAAAAUGAUUCUUAACAUCAAAUACA